GGGGAGGUGGAGUCCAUGCGGCAGUGCUUCGCCGAGCUGAAGAUGCAAAAUAAAGCCAGGCUCGUGCGUCGCGAGCAGGAGCUAUCCAAGACGGCCAUGACUGCCACCGAACAAGCUAUAUCAAGGAACACCGAGGCACUCCGCCGACAAGGAGCUCAGCAAGAGCGUGCAUUCCAGCAUCGAGAAGAGCUUGUCCAUCAGUUCUACGCCGAGAAGAUGCAGCAGGAAGCGCAGAGGAUCGAGAACCACGAGCGCGCGUUGCGACACGACCUCGAGCGUCAGAAGCUCACCUACGAGCAGAAGAUCGAGCAGAUGAACCAGGACCUCCGUCUCGAGGAGCAGGCCGCGCAAGUCAUGGCGGCCCAGGAGAUGCAAAGAAAAAACGGCAUUGCUGAGCAGAUCGCGGAAGCCCAAGCAGACCUAAAGCGAGAGGAGAUCCACCAAGAGCAUGUGAUCCAGCAGCAGACGGCCAUUGCCGCCAACAAGCUCUUGGAGGAACAUUCCACGGUCCAGAGGGAGCGAGAGGUGGUCUAUCAGCAGGCGGAGCUCCAGCUCGAAGCGCAGCGCCACAUCCAGAACAAGCGCGACCAGCUCGAAGCCAAAGAAGCGGGGCACCAACGGGCUACCCUGCAGCACCAGCUCUUCUUCAACGAGGCCCAGGCUCUCCAGCAGCAGAUACGCCACAAGAAUAAGCACGACCAGCAUCAACGAGAGCAGUUCCUGGAGAGAUACGACCAAUACGAGGCAGAGAUGCACCAGCAGCAGCAGCUCGCCAACUCUGAGAUCGAUACUGACAUGCUCGACGGCGUCGCCAGUGCGCUCACCGCGGAAAACGAGAAGCAGAAGAUGCAAGCCCAAGCCGACAACGAGGAGGCCUACCAGCGGGACAACAUACGCUCCGCCCUCCACGCCAUCACUCCGUCGGGCGAGUUCGACUGCGACGUGACCCGUGCACCGUGCUACGCCGAACUGAUCCAGACGGCGACCCCGAACACUGCAGUACAUCGCGGCGCUCCCUCAUCUUCAGGAUCUUCGAAUGGCUUAACGCCGCCCUUCUACUGCAGCCUCCGCAAGUCGUGCGGCAACUACACUAGCGCCAAGACGGAGAUCAUCAGGUGCAGGCACUGUGGGAACGAGAACAUCGAAGAUCGCUCCGUGGACCUCGGCUACAACUGCACGCACCCAGCUACUCAGAA